GCGAGAGAGCGCCAACACCGGAUAGGCCCAACGAUGACCUCCAAUCACCACCCUCCAGAAUGUAACCUACGAGACGCGGAUCAACAAAGACAGGGAUGACGAGAGGUCGAGCCAGCUGUUACUGUAUUGCAGCUUCUCUCAUCUGGUGACUACCCCGCAUCCGGGUUACGAGGAAGAGCAUAUAAACCUUGUGUCACCCAGCCCGACAAUAGAGGGCAAUACCCUUCCAACUCGCCUGUUGUUCUCAUCAAUAUCAGGAUCAAGAAAUCUCGUUCUCUCAUCGUCUCUGCUGUAACUACUCUUCCAUUAUCAAGAAACUACUACAAGAAUAGCGACUAUUCACGAUGUCGACCCCUGCUAUCCAAGGUCUCUCGUCUAUGGGCUCUACUGUCGGUGCAUACUCUAGACAGCAACUGGCCACUUUGAGAAACAGAUUCUUGACUACAGAGAAGCGCAGGAGGAGGGCACAGCUCAUCUCGACCUCGUUUAGCGUCCACAAGCCGGUCUGGAUUGCUGCAGGGGGCGCAGCCUACACAACGAUGGGCGCGGUUUAUCUGACGCUACGCUACAUGCGUCGUUUGAAAUAAAUCCACCUCCUCCGCGAGCGAGUGAGCGAGCGUGUCUGGUUACCGCUAUUGGUGCUUUGAAAGCCACGAAACUGGAAUAGAGGAGGGGACUUUGUCCGAGACAGCGAUCUACAUCCUCAUUAUUACCGACCAUUCAUUUCACAUCAUUUUCCAUUUUUUUAUUCUUUUCUAUCUUGUUUGGGUUACCCUCUAGGGUCAGGUACUUUGGACGGCACGGGAUGGAAUAUGCAACAAGGAGGGAAUGGAAUCAUGACAUGACGGAGUUUUACGCGUUUUGGGUUGCAUUUGGACCAAUAUUCAUCAUGUAUUUAACCAAGACACUAUUACAAACACACCAAGGAAUGAC